AUGUCCCGCGCCUUGUUGAUUUGCGGUGCCACUGGAAAGCAGGGUGGUGCCGUCAUUGACCAACUACUGCGCGAGAAGGCCGACUUCGAGAUCCUUGCUGUCACACGAGACGCAACUUCCGGGUCCGCUCAACGACUGUUGAAUAAGUCGGCACAGAUCAAGCUAGUACAGGGAAACCUUGCCGACCCUACAGCACUGUUCAAGACGGCCAAAAGCGUCACCGAGAACCCCAUAUGGGGUGUCUUUAGCGUUCAGUCCCCGAUGGGGUUCAAUCAAGGCGGUGGCGGCGAGCUUGGGCAAGGUAAAGCUCUUGUCGACGCCUCUCUUGCUGCAGGUGUCGAGUUCUUCGUUUAUACGUCCGUCGACCGCAACGGCGAGUCCUCGCUGGAUAAUCCGACCGACAUCCCCCAUUUUAUUCACAAGCACCAGAUCGAAAAGCAUCUCAUCGCCAAAUCCAAGGGCAGCAAUAUGGAGUGGACUAUCCUCCGGCCCGUGGCGUUCAUGGAUAACUUCACGGAUAACUUCUUUGGGCGGGUGUUUGUCACAUCAUGGAAAAUGGCUGUGAAGGAGAAGCCUCUACAGUUGGUUGCGACCAGUGACAUCGGGUUCUUUGGGGCUCAGGCAUUCAUGAACCCGGAAAAGUAUAAGGGGCAGGGAGUUUCGCUGGCCGGAGAUGAAUUGACAUUCGAUCAGAUGGUUGGAGUGUUCCAGAAGACCGUUGGAAGGGCUCCAGAAGGGACAUAUAGAAUCCUCUGCUGGCUUUUUAUGGCUCUUGUGAAGGAUUUUGGGGUGAUGUUUAAAUGGUUUUACGAUGUUGGGUAUGGCGCUGACAUUGCAGAACUGAAGAAGAAGCACGCCGGGCUUAAGGACUUCGAGACUUGGUUGAGGACAGAGAGCGAGUUUAAGAAGUAUAUUAAAUGA